UUUAGAUCGCAGAAGAGUAGCAGCUAAAAUGCUUCCCACUUGGCUAACGGAGGAGUACAUUCAGACAGCCCUCCGGGCCUACUGUAAGGAUAAUGAACUGCGAGUCCUUAAAGUCUGGGCCAAGCCAGCGACGGAAAAAGGGGAAAACUAUGUUGGCGUGAUGACUCGAAUCUAUGUAGACUUCGAGCUGGCAGACGGUGUAUUGCAAAAGAAAUCCUUUAUCCUAAAGCAAGGAGUGUCCUCGGAUGCCCCCCAGGCCGGUCUCUUUGCGGAGUACGAUGUCUACAACAGAGAACUGGAAAUGUAUGAUGUUGUCUUACCAAAAAUGUCCGAGAUUCUCCGAGAGGCUAAUUUUAAUGAGAAGUUGAUGGCAGAUGCCAUUGUAGUGGAUCGGGAGCGAACGAUUAUGAUCCUGGAGGAUCUCGCACCGCUCCAUUAUACAAAUGCAGACAGAGUGAAGCAAUUGGACAUAGUGCAUACUAAGCUAGUCCUCGACAUGCUGGCCAAGUUUCAUGCGGCUGCCAUAGUCCUAGACCAAAGAGAACCACAACUUUUGCGAAGAAAUUUCAACGGUCAUUUCUUUUCGAGAGGAAAAAAGGGUUACGGAGAGGUUUUCGUUGGGCUGUUCAAAGCUUUCAUAAGGUACGUAAAGAGCAAACCCAAUUUGUGGAACCGCUAUGGAAAAAAACUAGAGCACAUCAUUUCCCACUUGAUGGAGUAUGCCGCUAAAUCUGUGGAUGUCACCGAAAAAGACUUCACGACGCUCAUCCACGGAGACUGUUGGACCACGAACGUAAUGUACCAGUACGAUGACGAGGGGAAUCCCACCACGGUCCUGCCCAUCGACUUUCAGUUCAGUACCUGGACCCAUCCCGCGGUUGAUAUGCAUUACUUCUUUAGCACAUCCCUGAAGACUGAUGUCAAGGAAAGAGAAUUAGAGCUGGUGCAAUAUCAUUACUAUUCUUUGAAAAAGACUCUUGAGGCUCUUGCCUACAAGGGUUAUAUACCCAGUUUAUUUGAGUACCAGCUUCAAUUUGAGAGAAGGAGAUUUUUGAGUGUUGUGAUUGCCAACGUUUUCCAACCGAUCAUGGUGUACGAGGGCUGCGAGGAUCCUGAAUUUGUAAAUCUCUACCAAGACACUCCAGAAGGCAUAAGGUUCCAGGACUCAAUAUAUGAAAGUAAAGAGAUUCAAAGACGCAUAGAAACUAUUCUACCUAUCCUUGAUGCGAAAGGUUUCCUGGAUGCUCACUAACCACCAAAGGCUGUUUUAUGUUUCAAUAAACAAUAAGUUGUAUAAUUAUUAAA